AUGCCAGGCGGCCGAAAGCCCCGCGCCCGCCGGCGGCUCCAUGCGGGCCGCGCCGCAGGAAGAGGCGGAGCGCGGCGGGACGUUGGGCAGGGCCGGGCCGGGGCGAUGAGCGGGCCGGGGGCCGCGCUGCGGGGCUACAACGCGGAGCUGCAGGAGGGGCUGGCGGAGCUGCGCGCCCGGCGGGAGGAGCUGAGCGGCCGGAUCCGGGAGGAGGAGGCGGAGCGGGGCCGGCUGCAGGGCCGCAUCUGGGCGCUGACCGAGCGCCUGGCCGGCACCAGCGAGAGCCUGGCGCGGCACCUGGUUGCCCGCGGCGAGCUCGACAGGACCAUCGCCGAGACCGAGGCGGCCUACGGCAAGGUACCCCCCGCCCGGCCCCGGGGCGACGCGCCCUGCCGCUGCCCGGGGCCGGGCGGGACAGAGCUGCCGGCACACGCAGUGCCCCUGCGGGGGGCUGGGGUUGCUGUGGUGCUGCGUUGCCUGAGCUGGGGAAGCGAAGCCGGAUGGUGCCGGGGGGCACAGGCGUCACCCCGGCUUCGGGGGCCCAGCGAGGCCCUUGCCUGGCUCCCGGGGGCAGCGGGUCCCGCAAAGCCCGUCUGAAGGGGAGGAAAAAUGGAGGAAAAGUGAAGGAUUCUGGAGAGUUCUCAGAUAUUGCUAGAUGUCCUGAAGGGAGAAAUUGGGAAUGCUGGUAAAGCCAGCGAGCCGCAAAGCACUUCAAAAGAAAAACAAGCACGUGGACAAAAGCAUUCCUAAACUUGUUCUGC